AAAAACAAUCAUUUCUUAAAUUAUAUUUUAUUAAAAUACUUGAACAAAUAUCUUCAGGAGUAUGAAAUUCUCCGAUAUAUUCUCUCAUAUGUAUAUAGGAAUUAUAACAAUUUAAGCUUUUACUACUAUUAUGAUAUUUGUUUAAAAAGAAAAAAAAAAAAAAAAAAAAUCGCAAAAGAGCGUUUUUUCUUUUCAUUAGAAGACGCUACUCUGAAAUAUUUUGCUGUUAAGAGCUUAGUUAGGCUCAAGUUUUAUGAAACUUUUUGUUAAAGUCUUUGAAACAAAACUUAAGAUUUUAAUAAAAGAAAAUAUACAAUUUUCUUUAAAAAUUUAACGAUUUCUUAAAACAGUGCGGAUUUCUAAAAAGCAAGUGGGAAACCGAUAAUACUUCUGAAAAUUUAGCCCGUUUGGAUGGCACAAGAAAAUUGGGUACUAAACGUAAACCGACAAUGGAAGAAUAUUUACAAAUGGACGAUUGGCAGCCGCGGAUCGCAACGAAUGGUAAAAAACGAGUACGUUGGGCUGAUAUCGAAGAGAAACGUGAACAAGAUAAAAUGCGUGCUGUGGGUUUUGUUGUCGGACAUACCGAUUGGAAACGCAUGAUGGAUCCGAAUGCAGCUAAUCGCGCUUUAAAUAAAACUAAAUAUAUAGAACGCGUUAAAAAACGUCGCUGAAUACUACGUUCACAUAAUUUAGAUUUACGCUUUCCAAUAAUAUAAUAUGUUUAAAUAAUCACAUCAAAUACAUAUUUAUCUGUAGGCUCUGCUACUUUGUUUGAGUUAAUAUUUUAUCUUAACAAUAUCUAUGCACUGUCUUAUACACUUGUCACAAGUGAAUGAAAUACAUACUUAUACAAAUCGAUAUAAAUAUGUUCGGGGUUUCUCCGCAAUUCAUACGAACAAUUGUGUUAACAAAAACAACUAAAAGAAGGCUUUCGCUAUGUUCGUCUGUCGUGGCGCCGAUUAUAAAUUCUAAAUUUUACAUCUGCAGUAUUUAACUUGGGGUUCAUUCUCUCUUUGUCACUUUACUCAAAUCAUGUAUGAAAAGUAUGUAAAUUCUUAGAGAGCUUUUGAUGGCAUAUCUAUCAAAAAAUGUUUGUGAUACAUCAUUGAGCCUUAUUCGUGCAGUAGCUUUUGCAUUGUUUCAAAUAAUGCAAAUAUAUUAUAGGGUAAAUCCGAAAUACCCUAUAAAAGUGGCUGCAAUGAAAUACGCAGAGAUACAAAAAAAGUUUUGAGUAUAUAUUCGUGCGUAGCGUUGUACGUAGUGGGUUUCAAAGAUUCGGUUGAGAACGAAUGCAAUAUCCUUUUCCAUUUCUAUUUUUAUUUUUGUGUCUCUUCGUCUUUUGCUUUUUAUUUUGCUUCUUUUGUCAUU